GUCACGCGUAGAAGCGUGAUCUUGCGCCGCUCCCUAUCAUGGCAGGCAUCGAGCAGGAGCUGGCCAAGCUCAAUUUCGGUCUGGCAUUGAUCGAACCUGCGCGACAGGACUCGAAGCGAACGAGGACGACGUCAGGAUCCAAUUCGAGCGAGACGAACAAGUUGACUGCUCCAGAGCUCGUCAAGCGACUCAAGGAGCUUCACGCUGAGCUCAGUCAACUCGAGCAAGGCGCAGUGGAGAUCGCUUCGCUAGACACAGUCAAAGCUGAACUCGUUCAUGCCUCUCUUAUCGUUCAUUCCAAGGACAGAGGAGUCAAGGCCUACCUAGCUUGCUGUCUUGCCGACAUCCUGCGACUCUACGCGCCGGACGCUCCCUACACUGCGGAUGAGCUCAAAUUGAUAUUCCAAUUCACCUUUCGACAACUGGCCUGCCUCAAGUCAGGUGCUACGACUUAUCACCCGCAGUACUUCUAUCUGCUCGAGUCGUUUGCAGCGGUCAAGAGCAUCGUCCUUGUUUGCGAUCUGCCGAGCGCGGAUGCUCUCCUCAUCACAAUCUUUGAAGAUCUCUUCACGUAUACAGCUAUCGACUUGCCGGCUGAGAUUCGGUCAGCAAUCGGCGAUAUACUUGUCCACCUCAUCGAUGAGGCCCAGACCAUCUCCACCGAUCUACUGACAACAAUUCUGAGCCAAUUCGAGCCUGAUCGUCCUCCAGCUGCCCUCAAGACCGCGUCACAAGUACUCAUCAAGACUUCAGAUAGACUCCAGCGCAAUGUCGGCCAAUACUUUGCAGAGCUUCUGCUCAAUACGGCAUCGACAGAUGACGCCGGCCAAUCUGCUGCCUUCGACAUGGACGAGCUCGAGAACGCGCAUGAGGUCAUCAUCGCUAUCGCACAGCAUGCCUCGCCCGUUCUGCUGUCUGUAAUACCGCAGCUAGAGUCACAACUCGGUUCGCGCGAUGUCAAAGUCCGCACGCUUGCCACACAUAGUUUCGCUCGAAUGCUCGCACAGACGUCGACGAGAGAAGAUUUUACCCGCGCAUAUCCACGUAUUUGGGACCUUUGGCUGCGACGCCUUUAUGACUCCGAGCCUAGCGUGCGGAUCGCCGCGCUCAAGUAUCUUAUCCCAGUGUGGAAGGCUCACCCAUUCCAAUCGACUGAUCUGGACAAUCAUCUUUGCAUCAAGCUUCAGGAGCCAGACGACAAAGUCAGACAAGCAGCGCUCUUGGCUUUUGCAUCUAUCGAUCUAGACAUGCUCCGACAUCAUGUCCAGCCAGCCACUUUCAGAACCCUCGUAGAACGCGUUUGCGAUAAGCGCCCGAUCCUACAGACUCUUGCAGCAAAGACGGCUGCAAACUUAUACGUUCACGCACUGCCGCUACUAGAAGCAAAGGAUACUCGCGCGACUGCUUUGCUUGGAGACGUGCCGACAAGCCUGCUCAGCGUGUUUUCGACCGUCGAUCGAGGCCUCAUGAACACCAUUCGUUCCAUCUUCCUGUCAACGAUUCUCAAGCUACCUGAGCAGUCAGAUGAGCUGUCUGGCUGGCUGCAACGAUUCAUCUUCAUCUGCUCUGGCUUGCCUGACGCUCAACUUGGCCUGCUCGUUGUUCUCGGCAAUCUUCGCGAGCAUCGCCCAAACGAGAUGGAUAGCUACCUGCGAUUCGCCGCAAAGUACAAUGGCGGUGUAAUGGACAAGAACGAGGACAAGAUUGCCGCGGGCUUGCAUUCCUACAUCAAGAAGCUGUCGGCUGGCUUCGUCGACUCUGCAAAGGCUGUUGCGGACCUGCAAAGAUUGGCCAAGCUUAACGACGCGCGUCUUUUCAAGCUUUUAGCCGCCUGUGUAGACGUAGACGCGACACUCAAGGGUCUGCACGAAGCCAAGAGAGCACUCGAUCUGCGCCUCCGCGAGAAGAUCCCCGAGGUACACGACACGGUCAAUGGUCUUUACGAGCGCUACGCCUUACACUUUAUCAAUCGUAGCACUAUCAAAGCGCUCGUCGACGCCGCUGCACUCAAUGCUGGGGCCGAUACCGCAGCAGACAAGACGCUUGCUCGCAUUCUUGCCCAUGUCAGCAAAGCGAAGCCGCAGCUUUGUAAAGACUCUGUCUCGGCACUUGGCAUGAUCAUCACGACCGGCGCGCCAAAGUGUCUAGUCAAUCCAGCAAUGCGUAUAACGACUGCGCUCAUCGCUUCAGACGACCUUGAGUCUACGUUUGACAGUGCCGCUACUACAGCAGCAAAAGAGCGCCUGUUAGUACUCGUUCCGAAUGACGCAAAGAUUACUGCAAGGUUUCUAGCGGUAACGAGCCCUGCUGAGGACAGCAAGGCGCUGCAGAAUGCGCUGCUGGACUCAUCUCAGGAUCGGCCAACAUCAUCUCGGCUGGCGAGCCUAACAGGCUUGGCAAAGGCCGACCCCAAGAUCUUUGAUGGCGCUGUUUCUCGUACGGCUCUGGAUUUGGCGCUCACGACGAUAAGUCGGGCUGCUACAGCUGGCAGCCCCGAUGACCUUACUGCUGGCUACUGGGCACUGAAAUUGCUCAAGCGUCUUUUGGCUGUGAAAGAUCUGGCCGAGGAAGUCUUUCUCGGUAGCAUCGCAGCAUGCACCUCUGUCCUCGAAACCGCCGAUCAAGUAUGCGACGCGAGUGUUGAGGAGGCUCGCGCAGAGAUGCGACUAGCGUCAGCUAAGGCAUUGCUGCGCUUGUUACGAUUGCCUCGCAGAUCAGCCGGCCGCUUCGGCGCAUUCGAACGCCUUGCAUGGACGAUUCAAGAUCCCGUGUUCUCUGUGCGCAACAGGUUUCUGAUCGCGGUCAUCAAAGGGCUCUUGCAGCGCCGCUUGCCUGUUACCGAAUUUGGGGUGAUCCUGUUCCUUACCGCUCAUGAUCCGGAAGCCGAGAAUAUUCAGAAUGCAAACGCGGGCAUCUCUCGAUUAAUUGCAGCAAAUGCGGCAGACGUCGGCAAUCCCGAAGUGGAAAUGGCGCUCGUACGACUACUGCACAUGCUCGCGCAUCACCCAGACUAUGCUGCUACGCCAGAAGGUCUGCUGCUCUCGCAGAAGUAUAUCGACUUCUUUAUCGAGAGUGUCGCGACAUCAACUAACGCGUCUCUCCUCUACUAUCUCGCGGCAAAGUGCAAGACUGUGCAAGACCAGCACGACGCUUCAACCACGGAGAGUAUCUACGUCCUCGCCGAACUGACUCAAUAUCGCCUCAAGCAACACGCGUCUUCACGCUCCUGGGUCCUCAGCGAGUUUCCAGGCCGAAUGCGCAUGCCCGGCGAUAUCUACAAACCGCUCCAUUCAAAGGCAGAGUCCCAUCGAGUGGCGAACACGCAGUAUCUUUCUGCUGAAUUACUGGACGGUCUCGAGCGUCUGCCCGAUGCAACACGUGCCAGCGCAAAGUCUGCAGCACCACGAGAAGGCAGCGCCAAGCCUGCUGCGAAGCGCAAGGCGCCUGCGACCGGCAAACCGCGCGCAAAGGCACGCGCCAAGAAACGUCGACCCUCGUACGAGCUCUCCGAUAGCGAGAACGAAGCUGGGGCGAGCGACUCCGGGGCCGAGCUCGAGUCUGACUAUAUCUGAUAAAUGAAUACUGUUGAUGUAUAGCGCAUGC